AUGAAUGGUUAUGGUGGUGGCUAUGGUGGUGGUAGUGGCGGCGGAGAAGGUGGUGGUGCCAAUGGAGGAUCAGGUCAUGGAAGCGGUUCCGGUGAGGGUGCUGGUGUUGGAGCUGGUGGAGCAGGAGGAGGUGGAGGCGGCGGAGGUGGAGAAGGUGGUGGUUCCAAUGGAGGAUCAGGUCGUGGAAGCGGAUCCGGUGCGGGUGCUGGUGUUGGAGUUGGUGGAGCAGGAGGUGGUGGAGGCGGUGGGGGUGGAGAAGGUGGUGGUUCCAAUGGAGGAUCUGGUCAUGGAAGUGGGUCCGGAGCUGGUGCUGGUGUUGGAGUUGGUGGAGCAGGAGGUGGUGGAGGCGAUGGGGGUGGAGAAGGUGGUGGUUCCAAUGGAGGAUCUGGUCAUGGAAGUGGGUCCGGAGCUGGUGCUGGUGUUGGAGUUGGUGGAGCAGGAGGUGGUGGAGGCGGUGGGGGUGGAGAAGGUGGUGGUUCCAAUGGAGGAUCUGGUCAUGGAAGUGGGUCCGGAGCUGGUGCUGGUGUUGGUGUUGGUGUUGGAGGAGGAGGUGGAGGUGGAGGUGGUGGUGGGGAGAAGGUGGUGGUGCCAAUGGAGGAUCCGGUCAUGGAAGUGGGAGGAGGUGGAGGUGGUGGUGGGGGAGAAGGUGGUGGUGCCAAUGGAGGUUCUGGUCACGGAAGCGGAUCCGGUGCUGGUACUGGUACUGGUGUUGGAGGUGGUGGUGGAGGUGGUGGUGGAGGAGGAGGAAGUGCUGGUUCCAGCAAUGGAUAUGGUUACGGUAGUGGUUAUGGUGCUGGUUUUGGUAUGGGUAAAGGUAGUGGUAGUGGAGGAGGUGGCGGCGGCGGUGGAGGUGGUGGUGGUGGUGGUGGGGGUAGCGGUGGAGGAAGUGGAAGUGGAAGUGGAAGAGGAGAAGGAUAUGGGACGGGAGGAGGAACCAGUACAAGCAAUGGAGGAGUAGGAGUAGGUUUUGGAAUGGGCAUUGGCUUUGGUAUUGGCAUUGGAGGAGGAAGUGGUGGUGGUACCACUUAUCAAACCAAUAUCAAAGGAGAUAAAAAUUCUCCUUAA